AUGCUGGUCAUGACAGCCAUAGUCACAGCCCUCUCAACCCUGAUUUUCGUCAAAUUGUUUAUCACUCCACAGCAAAUCAUCAUCGUUAGACCGUCCCCUUCACCUACGUCUCCGUCCUCGUUUUCCAUAGAAACUCUGGUAUCCCCGCCAGCCGUACCUAUUUCUACAGCAAUCCGCAACCUUCUGACCGGAAAGCAGACCGGCGCGGUGCAAAUAGUAGAAUCGGACACCGUUAAAGAGGCUCCGCAAACUGAAGUUAAAGAUCAGCAAGUGGAAGUGAACAAAUCACGCUCUAGGUCUAGUAGUGCCCCGACAUCCUCGUCUGGAUCCCCACCAUUCAAAGGUGACUUGACUGCUUCUCGUCCAAUACGCCCACGCAUGGACCAACGCGAUCGCCUGACUUCUUAUUUUGGUCGCCGUGGGUCGAAAACGCCCGCCGCCGCCUCCUGA